AUGUCACAAACAGAAGAAAUAUUAAAAAAAAACCCUAAAUUUAUGCCUACUCUAGUCAGAUAUGAAGAGCCAAUUGAAAUUAAUGAGGAGGAAAUGUAACUAGAGAUGCAAGAGCAAGUGUUAAAUUAAAAAAAAAAAUAAUAACUGUAACCUCUUGAUCAAAAAUGGUCCAUUGAUGAAAUUUUGAAUAAAUUUUUUCCUCCCAGAAGAUUUGAACAUGAAAGACAUUUCUUUAAAUAGAUCGUUAGUGUCAAUGAUGUGAAGAGAGACGAACUAAAUUAAUUAGAAGAAGAUUUAAAGGAGAGAUUAAUUGAGAGAUAGGCUCGGUACAAUUUAAUUACAAAAAUAAUAGUAAGAGUGGUAUAUGUCCUAUAAGAGAAGAUUUACAUAGUUAAUUAUUUGAAGAGAUCAUAAGACAGAGUGCUGUCAAGUGUCCAGAAAGAGGGCUCUUAUUAAUGAGAGUAUAUGAUAAUUUGAAGUUAACAUUUGCUGCAUACCAAACUCUCUAUGCAGAAUCUGUUGUGUUUGGAAAUAGAAAAGCAGCAGAAUCUGAAAUUGGUAAAAGCGAAUAGGAUUCUAAAAUUGCUAAAUAUGACAAAAAGAAAAUUCAUUUGGAAAAUUAAAUUAUUGGAGAAUGA